UUUUGGAAACAUGAAGAUUAACUCUUCUGCCUACACAGUUGGAUUUUAUUGGUCUUGAUUUUAAACAUUGUGCUGUACUGAACAAAAAAUAUUACUUUUAUUUUGUAUUGACGUACUAUUAUUCGCAGUGGCCACUUUAUUAAGUACAUGAGUGGAACCAAUGUGAUUUUCUGCUGUUGUACCCCGUCCACGUCAAGGUUCGACAAGUGUGUUUAGAAAUACUCAUCUGCACACCAUUGUUGUAACAUAUGGUUAUGUGAGUUACUGUCGCCUUCCUGUCAGCUUGAAUCAGUCUGGCCAUUCUCCCCUGACCUCUCUCAUUAACAAGGCAUUGUCACUCUUUAGAACUGGAUGUUUUUUUUGUUUCUCACAUCUGUAAACUCUAGAGACUGCUGUGAGUGAAAAUCCCAGGAGAUCAGCAGUUUCUGAGUUACUCAAACCACCCUAUUUGGCACCAACAAUCAUUUCAUGGUCAAGGUCACUUAGAUCACAAUUCUUCCCCUUUCUGAUGUUUGGUCUGAACAAUAACUGAACCUCUUGUCCAUGUCUGCAUGCUUUUAUGCCCUGAGUUGCAGCCACAUGAUUAGCUGAUUAGAUAUUUGCAUUAAUGAGCAGGUGUACAGGUGUACCUAAUAAAGUGGCUACUGAGUUAGAUUUUCUACUGGCAUAAAGAAUUGCCGAUAAGCUUCAAAACUGGAAUUAGUUCUAGAAGUGCAAAUCUGCGUAUUGGCAAAAUCUAUCAUUUUAAAGUUAACAGCACUGGGUAAUUACUUUGUUAUUCUUACCUCAUCAUUCAUGACAGAAUCAGUUCAUUAACACUCUUAUGUCAGACAAGAAUACAUUCGCACUCUCACACUCUCAAUGCCAUGAUCUCUGGAACCAGUUCUUCUUCUUAUCUAUGUGGUUUCAGGUUUCAAUGUAAAGGUCAAGCAAACAGGAUAUAAAGGAGAUAGAAUGUAUGUUCCUAAAAGUUGCUUGAAAUUCCAACAUCUGCAGAUUUCCUCGUGUUUGAGAAUGUAUGUUCCUGUCAUUUUGUUACAUUGCAGAAAUACAUGUUUUUCUAUCAGCAGAAUCCUCUACCCCAGUUUCCCAACUCCCCUCUCACUCCACCCACAACUCAAAGUUCAAAGUAUAUUUAUUAUCAAAGAAUGUAUAAAUUACACAACCUUGAGAUUUGUUUGCUUACAGGUAGCCACAAAGCAAGAAAUCUGAAAGAAACCAAUUAAAAAAAAGAUCAACGGCCGAUGUGCGAGAGAAAGGGGGAAAAAACCCCAAAAGUCAUGCAAACAAUAGAAGUUUUCACAGAAUAUUUUAAAGAGGUUGAAGAAGAAAGUAUUCGAGAUAACUUUGUUAUCGUUUACGAACUUUUGGAUGAGGUGAUGGAUUUUGGAUUCCCACAGACAACUGAUAGUAAGAUACUACAGGAGUACAUCAUUCAACAGGGACACAAGCUGGAGAUUGGAGCACCACGUCCUCCUGCUACCCUAACAAAUGCGGUGUCCUGGAGGUCAGAUGGUAUUAAAUACAGAAAGAAUGAAGUGUUCAUUGAUCUGAUUGAAUCUGUCAACUUACUGGUGAGUGCAAAUGGCAAUGUCCUGAAAAGUGAAAUUGUUGGAAAUGUAAAACUGAAGGUUAUACUCUCAGGAAUGCCAGAACUCCGGCUUGGACUCAAUGAUAAGGUCCUGUUCGAGAUCUCUGGAAGGGACAAGUCUAAAUCUGUGGAACUGGAGGAUGUAAAGUUUCAUCAGUGUGUGCGUCUAUCCCGCUUUGAAAAUGAUCGAACUAUAUCCUUCAUCCCUCCAGAUGGAGAAUUUGAACUCAUGUCCUACCGGUUAUAUACACAGGUAAAGCCCUUGAUUUGGAUUGAGUCAGCAAUUGAGAAAUAUUCACACAGCAGGGUGGAGAUUAUGAUAAAGGCAAAAAGUCAAUUUAAGCACCGUUCUACUGCAAACAAUGUCGAGAUAUUUGUGCCAGUUCCUAGCGAUGCUGACUCACCAAAAUUCAAGACCAGUACCGGCAAUGCAAAGUGGCUGCCAGAAAAGAAUGUUGUUGUCUGGUCGAUCAAGUCUUUCCCUGGUGGUAAGGAGUACUUGAUGCGGGCACACUUUGGUCUCCCAAGCGUUGAGGGAGAAGAGCAGGAGGGAAAGCCGCCCAUUACCAUCAAUUUUGAAAUUCCAUAUUUUACUGUCUCUGGAAUUCAGGUCCGCUAUUUGAAGAUCAUCGAGAAGAGCGGUUAUCAAGCUCUCCCUUGGGUCCGAUACAUUACCCAGAGUGGAGAUUAUCAAUUGCGCACCAACCAAUAGGAACACUGCUCUCCAAUGGAAUUCCCAAGUUUGAAGGACACAAUUUAGUAAAGAAGUGGAAAAUGAUGGUCCUAAAUCCAAGUCCACAAGGCUUCGGGACACUAUUACAUGGCAAAGCGUUGAAAGAGAGCUUGUACCAAUCAAAUAGGAAAAAGCAGCUACUACUGACAUAGCAUUUCUUUGUAGCAAAUGAAUGAGUGUUAGGUUAUCAUUUCAUUAUUUAUCCUUCCUGGUUUUGCUGCUACCUGGAUAUGGUCAAUUGAAGGCUAUGUCCAGGCUAAUUGCUGUUCUCUGCUGGGAUUUCUGUCUUACUUCAAACAUUCUGACAUGCUGCAAACAUUUUCAUCAGGCUGAUACAGAGGGGAAUCUGGUGGUAUUGACCUAAGAAAGGUCCAGGAGGGCAGUGGAUGAGAUAUGGAUUAUGUUUCCUUUUACUCAAUCACAUCACAUAGUGGUUACUUUCCUGAACUAAAACCAGGGGUUAGAAUAUUCUUGAAAUCUUACAAUGGCAGCUGGGGGAUUUAAGUUAAAGUCAUUUAAAGAAUCUGGAAUUAAAAAUAGAUUUACAAAGACUUAAACAAAGAAGGCAUCUGGUUAACUAAUAUCCUUCAGGGAAGAAAAUCUGCCACCCUCGUUCACCUGUGACUCCUGACACAAUAAUAUGGUUGACUCUUUAACUGCAGCCUCAGUUCAGGGGCAACUAGGGAAGGACAGUAAAUGCUGGUAUUACCAGCAACACCUGUAACUGAUGAAUUAAUAAAUAAACAAAAGAUAAGUCUAACCCUUGCUCCUCUUUCCAUCCAUUCUCCCAAAGAAAGUCCAAAUUGCAGGUUUCUCACCCCAGGCUCUUCACAUUGACAUUAACACUUUGAAUUGUGCACAUUGACACCAUUACAGUGUGUCUACUUCCCUGAAUUCUCUCCAUGUCUUCACCUUGACUAAUUGUCUGAGGCAAAAUAAUUGGGACGUAGUUACAAAUACAAAGUGGAAAAGAAGUUGAAAGCAGUAGAAGGAAAGAGUUUUUCCUCCACUGCCUGGUGAUCUACAACUGCCUGAUCUGGUGCUCCUCCAUUUCACAAAUCAUUUACCAUUUUAGUUCCAGCUAGAAAUCAUGAUGUCCUAUAUGCCACCUUCCAUCAAUUUAGCCCUCUUUCAAUUACCUAUCAAGGUAGUACAGAUGUUAUUUGUUACUGAGUUUUCUACUUGGGAAAGGAUUGGGAGCCCAAUACUGCGCUGCUUACUGUUGGGUUUAUAUUGCCCAUUCUGACAGAAUCUGCAGGAUGUCAGCCUGCCUGUGGCAGUUUGCAGGAGUAGGUUGAUUGUUUGCUUUCCUCCUCAAGGUGAAGAAUGUCAGAAGCCAGACAUUCAGAAACCUUAGACUUCAGUGAAGCUGUCACAGCUGUCAGUGACAGGUCCAUUACCCUGUCCCGUGAUGUCGCUGUCAGGAAAACCAGAUCAAUAUGUGGCCUAAUCAGCAGUCCUUCAAGGGAGUAUCCAGGCCAGUAACUAGAAACGGUCUGCUUUUUAUAAUUCCCAUACUUGAAUGUGGAACCAGGAUGUGCACACUGCCUCUCCCAACCUAUGGGAAUGAUGGAGCAGACUCAAUGGACUGAAUGGCCUACUACUGCUCCUCUAUCUUAUGGUUUUACCCCACAUUAAAAAUCUAGGGCAUUUGUCCAGUGUUUAUCUCUAUGUCCUCCUUCACUUCUGCACCCUUUUCUUCUUACUCCCGAUCAUGUACCUGGAUGAAAACCAGAAGAUAAUCAACAAAGCUAUGGACUAAUUCUCUGAAAGUGUCUUUUUAGGCGAGCAAGAGCAUGAUUGGUUAAAUGGUGUCCAGUUGUGUAACAAAUGUUUAUGUUUUAAUUUACAACGUUUGUGUUUAGAGAUACAAUGCAAGUCAGACCCUUACGGUGCAACGAGCCCCAUCGAUUUAACACAUGACAAUUUACAAUGACCAGUUAACCUACGAACCAGUACGUUUGGACUAUUGGAGGAAACCAGACCACCCGGAGGAAGUCCAAUAGUCACAGGGGAAGAACUUAGAGACAGUGCUGGAAUUGAACUCCAAACUCCAGAAUGCCCCAAGCUGUAGUGGCGUAGCACUAACCACGACACUAUUAUGGCACCAUUUUUAUGCAAGAGUAAGGUAGUUCAAAUACUUUCAGAUUACUUUAGCAAUGAGCUGACACAGUGAUUGUGAGUUCAAUGCCCUCUGUAUUGUAAAUCCCUGAACAUAUAAUUCCACAAAGCAUAGUAGCAGAAUUAGGCUAUUCAGCCCAUCAAGUCUGCUCUGUCAUUCCAAUGGUUGAUUUAUUAUUUCUCUAAACCCCAUUCUUCUGCCUUCUCUCCAUAACUUCUGACUAAUCAAUGACCUAUCAACCUUUGCUUUAAAUAUACCCAAUGAUUUGGCCUCCACAGCCCACUGAGGCAAUGCAUUCCACCAAUUCACCACCCUUUGGCUAAAGAAAUUCCUUCUCAUCUCUGUUCUAUACUUAUCUUUGGUAAAUGGGAGUUAUCAUAGCUAGGUUUGAUGGUUGUAAAAAUAUCAUUGGCAAAGAUCUGGAACCUGAAGCCUGAAUAACAAUGGUUGGAGUCUCUAUUGUAAUAAUGCCUGGGUGCUUUGUUACCAAGGAUCCUUCCACACUUUGCAAUCAGUGAACUGCAUGGGAUGUGGUUGACUACAUUGCCUCAGUCCUUUAAAUGGCAUGUUAACCUGAUGUUGGCCCUUCCUCCACAUUGUUUGACAUUGUGUCCAAGCUCCCUGACAGGUAUUCCAAAACACUGAACUGCUCUCAGUGCAAAGCUGCCAUCUUUUUAUAGCCUGGAACUUGGGUGAAACCGGCUGUCACUGAGGCAAGGCUGGGUAUGGCCAUACUCUCCUGAAUAUUAGUAAAAUGUUAGACAUGUUAAAAGUGGAGUUGAUGCUUCUCUGGGCAAAUGGUAUGAGGGACCAAGGUAUGUCGGUAUUAGGGGUCAGCCAUUUAGAACAAUCAUGAAGAGAAAAAGAAAUAAUAACUCGGUAUGGUCUAGAUGGGAUGAAGGGCCUGUUUGUGUGCUGUAGUGGUCUGUGGCUCUUUAAUACCCCCAACAUAGGGUUUUGACCCAAAAUGUCAACUGUCCUUUUGCUUCCACAGAUGCUGUAGUCCUGAUGUGUUUCUCCAGCAAUUUUUGUUUUUUUUUGCUGCUGAUUCCAGCAUCUGCAGUCUCUUGUGCUCCCAAUGAUAUGAAGGAUUUCUAUCACACAGAGGUUCUGUCACUGAAUAUAAUCAAGCUGGAGAUGAAUAUACUUUUCGAGUUUAAAAGAAUCAAUCAAAAUUAGGUGAAUGCAGAAAAGGUAGUGCUGAGGUAAAAAAAAAAAUCAGCCAUGAUCUUAGAAGAGUGAGUUAAAUUGAGAGGUGACUUGAUAGAAGUGGACAAGAUGAUAAAAGGCA